AUGGCGGAGAACACUAAAUACGUUGAUCGGGAGAUCCCCGAGAUUUCCCUUCAAGAUUUUGAAACUCGAGUCGAUGAGAUUACUUCUCAGUUGUGUACCGCUGCUGAAAACGUUGGGUUCUUCGCCAUAAGGGAUCAUGGCCUUACCGAGGCCGAAGUUGAGGACAUGUUCUCAUUGUCCGAGUCCUUUUUCCGAUUAUCGGACGAAACCAAGGCGAGCGUGCCGUGGACUCCUCAGAACGUUGGCUGGGAGAAGAUGUCGCAGGUCAGGCCGUCCACCGGUGCCCCUGACACCAAGGAAUCAUAUCAGCUUCAGUUUGGAGAAAACAUGGAGGGGAAGUGGAUGGGCGACGAAUCCCUGCCUGGCUUCAAGAGCCGUUCUCUAGCUUUCAUGCAUCGUGUGCAGGGCAUCUCUGAAAAGUUGAUGCUGUGCUUGGCUCGUGGGCUUGGCUUUGAGGACAACUACUUCAUUAAGUAUCAUGAUACUAGCCGCCCCAACGCCCAGUCUGUCCUCCGUCUUAUUCACUACUACGAGACUCCUCAAGUCAACGAUGGCAAGACAUAUCACCGAGCUGGAGCUCAUGCAGAUUGGGGUUUUCUGACGCUCCUUUUUCAGCAUACCGGCCAGUCUGGUUUGGAGAUUUGCCCUGGCCGAGAGGUCGUGACUGAGCAUGCCUUGGGCGACGAGUGGACCAAGGUCGAGUUCAAACCAGGUGUCAUUGUGUGCAACAUUGGGGACCUGCUAAUGAGCUGGAGCGACGACCGGUUCAAGAGUACUUACCAUCGGGUCAAGGCGCCAUGCGAAGAAGGUGAUUAUUAUGGGGAACGAUUCAGUAUUGCCUUCUUUAACCAGCCAUGCAAGGAUGCGAUCAUCCAAGGCCCGAAGAAGAAAUAUCCCGUGGUAACGGGGAGGAGUUCAACAGGAACGCGAUGA